AUGUCCCUGAAUUCCUGCACCCCUCACUUAGGGGAGACUUUGCAGAGGUCCCCAGGUGACUCGGCAGGCUGUGUUGACCCUCUAUCCUUCACACUAGCACGCUCUAAGCGGGGACGCUGGGGACUUCCUCUGAUUGGUUACAUCCCGCUGACAAGGAAGAGCAUGCACGAUCAGCUGUUCGACUUACACAAUAAGUACGGCGGCAUCUAUGUAUGGAGAUUCGGGACGCAGGUAAUUGUGAUUCUCCACGACUUCCAGCUGAACAAAGACGCUUUUACCAGUCAGGACUUCGUCGACAGACCUUCCUGGAAAUUUUUUCAGUAUGGGGAAGAAACUGCCAACGGUGUGAUAGCAAGUAACGGGUCUCUGUGGCGUAAUAACCGGCGCUUCGCUCUGCGUCAACUGCGAGACCUGGGAAUGGGUAAGUCCAAGCUGGUGGCAGCCGUGCAGCGGUCGGGCACACAGCUGGUGCAGCAGCUCAAGAAACAAGCUGGAAGACCUGCACCGAUGCCUCACGCCCUUCAUGUCGCUGUUGUUAACGUCAUCUGGCAGAUGGUCGGCGGUGAGUAAUCGCUGGGUAUGUUCAUGUG